AUGGGAAAAGGCACAGACAAACUCUACAUCACCCACUCCGAGUGGUCAUCCUCGGAUGCCUACUCCGCGAGCGUCGGCGCAGGCGCCUCGUCGCGCAACAGCAACAACGGCGUCCCCUUCCGCAAGCUGCCCUUCAACUUUUGCGCUGCGAGCCUCCAGCCCUUCAAGAACCCCGUGUGCACGCCCGACGGCACCAUAUUCGAUGUCGAGGUGAUCGGCGCCUGGCUCGACAAGCACCCGAACCAGAACCCCGUCGACGGUGAGCCGCUGCAGGCCCGCGAUCUCAUCAAGCUCAACUUUGCCCGCAAUGCCGAGAGCGAAUCGCGCGGCGCUGGCCUCAGCGACGAAAAGGGCGACCUCGUCGACCCCGUCACAUACAAGGUCUUCACCGACAACACGCACAUCGUCGCCGUCCGCCACGGCACCUACGCAAACGUCUUCGCCUGGGACACGGUCGAGCGUAUGAACGUCAAGGCCAAGAUGUGGCAGGACCUCGUAGACGACCAGCCCUUCACCCGCGCCGACAUCAUCACACUGCAGGACCCGCACAACGCCGCGAGCCGCAGCCUCGACCGGUUCAAAUACCUUCAGGACGGCGAAGGCGCGCAACUGAGCAAGGCGCAGGAGGAGGCGCGCAGCGAGGACAGCGGCAUCAACGCCGGAGCGCUGGGAAGCAUGGGCGACAAAGUUCUCAAGGCCAAGGCGGCGGUCGAGAAGGCGCGCAAGGCCCGCGAGGCCGGCGCCGACGUGAAUCGAAGCUCCGGCGCUGCGUUGGCCAAGACGGCAGCGGGCACGACGGCGGUGUCCGCGGCGGCGCGGGAGAGCAUGAUCAAGGAGAAGAAGCUCGCGGCCAAGGCGGCAGCCUACACCACUGGUCGCGCUGCGGCAAGCUUCACCAGCACCGGUCUGACGCCGGAGACGAGCGGCGAGCGCGCCUUGCUGACGGACGAGGAGUUCAUGCUCAAGCCGAAGCGCGUCAAGAAUAAAGGGUACGCCCGUCUCGAGACGAACCUUGGCGACCUCACAAUGGAGCUGCACACGGACACGGCGCCCCGGGCGGUCUGGAACUUUGUGCGACUCGCGCAAAAGGGCUACUACAAGGACGUCGCGUUUCACCGCAACAUCCCCAACUUUAUGAUCCAGGGCGGCGAUCCCACGGGGACGGGACGCGGCGGCGCGAGCAUCUGGGGAAAGUACUUUGACGACGAGUUUGACGGCCCGUUGACGCACAACGCCCGCGGCACAGUCUCCAUGGCUAACAAGGGCAAAAACACAAACUCGAGCCAGUUCUUCAUCGCCUACAAGCCCGUCCCGCACCUUGACCGCAAGCACACCAUCUUCGGCACCGUCGUCUCCGGCCUCGACGUCCUCGCCAAGAUGGAGGACGUGCCCACUGACGGCUCCAACCGGCCACUGCGCAAGAUCGUCAUCCGCGACGUCGCCGUCUUCGUCGACCCCUUUGCCGAGUUCCUCGCCCAGCACCGGCAAAAUGAGCGCGACGAGGCGCGCCGCGACGAGGUCGAGCGCCGCGGCGGGGAGGAGGCGGACAGGACCACCUGGACGGGCAAGCGCAUCCGCGCGGACGGCUCGGUCGCGCCGGCAGAGGGGCACGCGGUGGGAAAGUAUCUUGCGAAGACGGCGGCGGCGGCGGCGGCGGAGGGCGGAGAGGCAGAGCUGGAUCAGGAGGUGUGGACGGAGCCGGAACCGCCGCGGAAAAAGAUGCGUGGGACGGGCGGCUUUGGCAAUUUUGAUGGCUGGUGA